AUGAUAAAGAAAGGCUAUGAACAAUUCGCAAAUGGCUUGUUCGAGAUUCCGCGGACAUUCCGCUUCGGUCAGGUCAUAUUAUGCCAGCCGGAGUUGAUCGAAGAACUAAGAAAUACACGGAGUACGCUCGUCUCCCCCGAGCCAUGGAUUGACCAGCUCCUUCAGGUCUCUCAUGUUAUGCCUGGCUAUUUCCCCAAAGGAAUGGGAUGGCCGAAAAUUGCUAAAACUACGCCUGGUUUGAUUCGUGUCAUGGUUUACAAGCACUUGCAUCGGUAUAUGCCCGCUAUGAAUCAGGCAAUUAUCUCGCAGCUGCAGACCCUAGGCUUCAAAGAUGGGGAAUGCAGCAUCGGCUGCUUUGAUUUGGCAUACUCGAUCGUAGCCUGCAGUGGCAGCUUUGCUAUUGUCGGCUCGCGGCUUUCUCGAAAUGAGGAGUAUCUUAAAGCUGUUAAGGACCACAUCCUUGGGAUGAUAGUAACCACUCGUGUACAAUUUCUUAUUCCAGAUUGCUUGAAGCCCUAUAUUGGUGGGCUCAUCGGUCGCCUUGCCACUCUUGGGACUAGUUGGGAUAUGCACGCCUCGCGUAAGAUUAUGCUCAAGCACUUCGAUGCACGUGCAGCAGAAUAUCACGCUGAGAUAUUCAGUGGUAAUGGACCUAGUGAGACCAAUCUCGAUGACUCGGACAAUCCGGUUGAAAUCUUCCAAUGGCUGUAUGAGAGUAGUGUUCUUCGGGAGCGAUGGACAUAUUCAGAGGUGAUAGGUGAAAUGUUGCUUCUGCAAUUUGCCUUUAUCUACACCACGUCCUAUGGACUCUACGGCGCCCUGGCUGAGCUAGCUCGACGACCCGAAUAUAUUGCACCCCUGCGCGAGGAAAUUGAUCUGAUUUUUUCUAAAAUGGGACCAACCGUUCCAGCCUGUGAUGGCAUGGUUUUGAUGGAUAGUUUCUUGAAGGAGUUCUCUGCCCAUCGGGUCUGUUUUAGUAACUUCAAACUUUAUAACGGCAUCACACUCAAGCAGGGCUCCCACGUUGCCAUCCCAAGCGGAAUCAUUCAACGAUCCAGCGAGCACUAUGCAAACCCCGACGCGUUCGACGGUUUCCGGUUCAUCAAGCGUGCUACAGCUGGAGCCAAGGAUUCCCGGCUGGUCGACCUGAGCCCUGACUAUCUGGUUUUUGGAAUGGGCGCACAUGCCUGCCCUGGACGAUGGAUGGCUAGCGCGCUCAUGAAGCUCGCCUUCGCGCAUAUCCUAAAUCAGUAUGACAUACUCCUGCCUAAUUCGGCUUCCCUCUCCUUGACUGGUUCGCUUUCAUUCGAGGAGUUUUAUGUGCCCAACUUCGGGCUGAAGAUUGCUCUGCGCAAGCGCUAG